AUGGACGACGCGCAAUGUAAUGAGAACGUUGAAAUCAAUGAUGGAUCAGUAGUAGAAAUAUGCCUAAAUAAUAAAGGACAGGACUACCUGGUUGUAGUCCCCCUACAAACAGCGACUUUAUUGCUCAAUGAUCCGGAAGAAGCAAGCAACUUCAUCGAAAAUAAAUUAAAAGGAGAAAAUGAAUCUCUAGAGUCUGAGGAAUCAGAGGCAUCCCAAGCAUCCCAAGGUAGAACGGUGGUGGUUUGGACUUCAAAAAAACCUACAGGGCUGGACCACGAAGCCACCCAAUAUUUUUUGCUGUUACGAGCAUCAUACUCUAAAAAAUUUGAGGACAAAAAAACAAUAAAGAGGCAACUGUAUGGUAUGAUAGCUAAAAAAAAUGUGGUAGGUUAUUAUGUGGGAGAAGGCAGGGAAGCUAUUGAAAAAUGUAGGAUGAAAUUUGCAAACAUGCAGAAGCAGUACUUGCAAUACAUAGGCCACAUGAAGACCACAGGUGCAGAACAUAAAGAGCCUCCUUCCUAUUUUGACGAGAUGCAUGAAAUUUUAGGUGGUCAAGAUAGAGUUGAUCCUAUCAAUCUUCAGGAUAGCUUUGAGGAUUCUGGAGUGAUUAAAGACCAGAAUGAGGAAGUGAGAGAUCCUGAUCAAAGUGGGUCUGCUGGACCAAGUGGGUCUGGCAGACCAAGUGGGUCUGGUAGACCAAGUGGGUCUGGUAGACCAAUUGUGUCCAGUGUACCAAGCGGUUCGGCAAUUAAAUCUAGUGACAUAUCUAACAGAUUCUCAACCAUCAAAAGUGUAAAGCCGGUUAGCACUAAUGUUAUAAUGAUAGACAUUAUGAAAGAACAGCAAAAGUCUAGGCAACAGAAUUUUGAUAAGUUGGAGAACAUUUUAGAUACACAAAAUGAGCAAAGAGAAAGAUUUUUGAGUCAAUUCCAGUCUCUAAUAGAGAUACAAAAAAAAAGAAAGAGGAUAAAUUCUAGUAGUUCGGACAGCUCUUGA